GGCGGCAGGCCGCACUUGCUGUGGUUCUUGCCGCCUGCUUGCUGAUCAGUUAGGAUCGUGUUUAGCCGCCGAGAGGAUGCAUUUUGCCGGGCAGAUCGCGUGGAAAUGAGUGGUCGUAAUCGGAAGACCAGCAGCAGAUCAAGUAGCGCAUCGCAAGCGAUGGAAAGUGCCUACGAGGAGUGUUUUUUCCGGUUGGAAUCUAGUGAAGGGGAACUUUCGCGAGCCGGUGGACAGUGCCAGCGGUCUCAGGCGAACGCGAGGGAACGCUACAGGACGCACAGCGUCAAUUCUGCCUUCAGUAACCUCCGGAUGCUGAUACCAACGGAGCCCAAGAACCGCAAGCUGUCUAAAAUUGAGACCCUUCGACUAGCCAAAAGCUACAUAUCGCAUUUGAUAGCAGUACUGCUCACGGGUAACCUCAAACAACCCUGUCUAUUGGCGCAAACAACUCCGCACAUUUCAUGGCAGUCCUACGGAGAGGACCUCAACGAGAGUGGCAGUGCUAGUGAAGGCAGCCAUUGUGGGGGAUCUCGAGGGAGCCCAACGACAAACUCGGAGAUGACCGUGGAAAACUUUAUAUCGACGAUGAGCUGUGGCGAAGGGAUGAGGGCGAAUAUUUGUACAUUUUGUAUUACACCCAAAAAGGUAGACCAAAGAUAGUUAUGUAAAUUAGGUUAUUCAAAUAAAAAAAAAUAGCCGAACAAAAAUAUACUUAUUUUAAUUAGAAUUCAGAAAAAGUCACUACGAUUGAUUUGAAUGAAAAAUCACCCCUUAAUGAUGAUUAUGAGUUACAGUAGAACCCCGAUUAUCCGCGGAAUAGUCUGGUUAGGUCACCGCGGAUCACGAAAAUCGCGGAUAACGCAAUAAAC